AUGUCGUCUGAAGCGCCCGAUUUCCCGAAUCAAGCGCCGGCUUCGCCUUGGAGACGGAAGUCCGAGCGGGAGAUGGAUCGAGACAUGCAUCAGGAGAUGGGUCAGGGGCAGGAGUGGGAGACGCAUCAAGAUACGCAGCGUGAGACGCAUCAAGACUCGCAGGAGGAGACGCAUCAAGACUCGCAGGAGGAGAUGCAUCAAGACUCGCAGGAGKGGGAGAUGCAUCAAGACUCGCAGGAGGGGACGCAUCGAGACUCGCAGGAGGAGACACAUCGGGACUCGCAGGAGGAGACGCGUCAAGACUCGCAGCGAGAGACGCAUCAAGACUGGCAGGAGGAGAUGCAUCAAGAUACACAGCGGGAGAUGGAUCAAGACUCGCGGGAGGAGAUGCAUCAGGAUACAAAGCGGGAGAUGGAUCAAGACAUGCAUCAAGACUCGCAGCGGGAUACACAUAAAGACUCGCAGCGGGAGAUGCACCAAAACACCCACCAGGAGACUCAUCAAGACAUGCCUCGGGACACGCAGCGGGAGUUUCAUCAAGAUAUGCAUCAGGAGACAGAUCAAGAUAUGCACCAGGACACGCCGCGAGAGUUUCAUCAAGAUGUGCAUCAAGACACGCAUCAAGACUCGCAUCAAAACUCGCAGCGUGAUAUACCUCAAGACACGCAUCAGGAGACAGACCAGGACCGAGGGACACAGGAGACAGGGCGGGCCACACAGCAGGAGCGAGAGCGGGAGACACAGCAGGAGACACCGCGGUAUAUCCAGCAGGACAGCCAGCAAGACAUGCACCAGGAGACGGGGACGCAGACACAUCAAGAUCAGGAGCAGGAUGAUUGCCAACACAGCGACACCAACAUCAUGGCGACGGAACGGACUCCCUUGAUCUCACGAGCAUCCAGCGGGCAGGAGCGAUCGGAUCAGAGCCAACCACAUGCCGAGAGAUCGGCAUCGGCAUCUCUGUAUGGCAUUCAGCACAAGAGCAAGGUUCGGAGAUAUCGAUGGCCCAGUCUGGUGGCACUCGUCGCGUUAUGCAUCGUGGCCGUCUUGAUCAUCGUCUUUGCCUUUAUCGCUCCCAGUGCCGUGGAGCAAUAUGGCGCCGCUGCCGUCGUCUUUGCUCCCACCACUCUGUCCAUUGAUUCCUUUACAUCCUCCGGCGUGCGGGCCCGAGUACAGGGAACGUUUACGAUGGAUUCCAGUCGYGUGCAGAGCGGUUCGGCGAGGACGCUGGGCAAGUUUUGCACGUGGAUCGCAAAGGAAGCCGAGACGGGCGAGACGGAGGUGCAAGUCUCUCUACCCGAGUAUGGGAAUGUGGUGUUGGGAAUGGCUCGCAUUCCGGGCAUCAAAGUCUACAUUCGUGAUGGACACACGACGCCCAUUGACUUCCUCGCAAAUCUCCAACCGGGAAAUGUCGAGGGAAUUCGAAGGAUUGCCAACGAUUACAUUGACGGUCGACUGGGUCAGCUGCGUGUUGUGGGCAAAGCAGACGUCCCCAUCAAAAGUGGAUUCAUCAGCCUCGGAAAGCAGUUCUUCCAAAAGGAGCUGACGUUUGCGAACAACGACAUUCCCUCCCUUCCAAAAUAUGACAUUCAGAAGCUCAACUUUCGCGAAAUCGAGCUUCCCAAAGGAAAAGGGAUGGCGGCAGAUGUUGCCAUUCAAGUGGAGAAUCCCUACCCUGUCUCCUUCACUCUCCCUCCUCUGGGAUUCCGCGUUCUGGUCGACAAUUGCGCCAAGAGUGAUCCCUUUAUCCAACUCGCCUACGCCCUCACCCAAGAUAUCGACAUUGUCUCUUCCCAUCCAGUAAAUGUCAAUGUAACAGGCACCGUCCGCCAACUUCCCGCACUUCUCACACAAGCCUGUCCCAACUCUACAAAUUCACCCCUCGACAACCUCGUCGAAGGUUAUCUCCACGGCAAGGAAACGACAAUCUAUGUCCGCGGCUCCGACUCUCCGUCAAAGGACACGCCCAGGUGGAUCACCGAUCUCAUCUCUGACAUCACCAUUCCCGUUCCUGUUCCUGGMAAAGAGAUGGGUCAUCUUAUCAAAAACUUCUCCCUAACAGACACACAUUUCUCCCUCCCAGAUCCUUGGGCAACACCAGGAAGUCCAAAGAGUAAUCCGCGAAUCACGGCGAAUGUUCGUGCUCUCAUUGCCCUCCCAGAGGAGAUGAACUUCCCCCUUGAUGUAUCCCGCGUGCGAGCUGAUGCAGAUGUCUUUUACAAGAAGAAGAAGCUCGGAAGGCUGGAUCUGAAUAAAUGGCAGGCUGCUCAAAGUCAUCGCGUGGAGGGAAAGAGUGAGAUGGAAGUGUCAUCUAGAGUCAGGGAUGCACCCUUGGAGAUCCAAGACCAGGAUGUUUUUGAAGAUGUUAUCCAGGAGUUGAUUUUUGGAGAUGGCGUUUUGUUGACCAUCAAGGCGAAGGUGGAUGUAGAAGUCGAGACGGCGCUUGGGAAAGUCGUGGUCCGAGGAGUGGAGGCGGAAGGAAAUGUGCCUGUCAAACGCCCCUCGAACAUCCCCGCCCCUGGUCGCGGCGGCAACAGUACAGGAAAUCUCACAUCUCAACUCAACCCCAAACUCAUCAAUCUUCGGAUCCUGAACACAACCGCUUCAACCCUACACCUCGAACUCACCUUAAACAUCACAAACCCCACCCCUUACUCCGCCUGGAUCCCUUAUGUGGACAUCCACCUCUCCAAAAACGGCUCCCUACUCGGCCACGCCACCGCACAGAACAUGUCCAUUACUCCCGGUCGAAACUCAGGACUAGUCGUAACCGCGAACUGGGAGCCCAAAAAGAAAGAUGCAAAAACAGGAGCGGAAAUCGGUAGGGAACUCAUCAGUCAAUACAUCUCUUCCUAUGCCAAUUUGACAUUGGGAGUGGGAAUGCAUGAGGAAUCUUUCCCUUCGAAUCCUAUCUUAGGAAGAGGGUUAAAGAAAUUCGAAAUGCAAGUCCCAUUACCGAAACUCGGCGACGAUAUGCCUCCUGACGAUGGAGAUGGAGAUGAUGAUGGAGACGAAAGCCCCCACUUCAUGAAAGACGCACACAUGCACCUCCUCUCCUCCACAGCAACCUUCCUCCUACUCUCCCCCCUCAAAUCCGAAAUCCUCUGGAUUGAAACUCUCAACGCCACAGCUUUUUACGAAGAUGAGCCUGCUGGAGGGAUUUUCUAUGAGGAGCCCAUGGGCGUGUUACCUUUGUCUUGGACGGAAGGGGGAGCGGGGUGGGAGACUCCGAGAUUACCGGUUCGGUGGAAGGCGGGGAGUGUGGGGUUUGAAGCUGUCAAGAAGGCUCUAGGGGGACAGUUGAGGUUGGGGGCGUAUGCGGAGGUUGGGGUUAGGAUUGGGAGGUGGAGGGAGGAGGUGUGGUUUCGGGGUGGGAGGUUGGGGGUUAGGAUUGGGCUGUAG